AGCAUAGGCAAAUGCAACCACUGAACCACUGUGAAGUGUGGUAUGAACCACUGCAAUCCCUCAAUUUGUAUCAUUUAUAUGUAUCAACAUUAGUGAUUACGACGUCAUUGUUGGUUUGUGUCAGUUCAACAUUCACAAAUAUUUAAUGAAAACUAUUUUUGAAAGAGUAAUGUAACAGUUAUUUAACUAUGUAAUUAAAACGUAAAUGUACAUACAACGAAAUAUAUUCUAACAUUUAACAAGUGUGUACUUCCAAGGCAACUUGAAAGAGUAAUUUAUUUAAUAUAACUUGUUUGUUACGCUGCAAGUAUAGAAUUGUUAUAUCAUAAAAAUAUGGCAGACCGUUUAACACAGUUGCAAGACACCAUAAACCAACAAGCAGAACAUUUUUGUAACAGUGUAGGUAUUUUGCAACAAUAUUCUACACCUAGUAAAUUUCCUGGAUUUGAUCGUGUGGGAACACCACAACCUCAUCAACCUCAAGAAGAUUAUGCAGCUCUAUUUGCUACUUUAAUAGCAAGAUGUGCAAAAGAUAUUGAUACUUUGAUAGAAAGUUUACCAAGCGAAGAAUCAUCACAAGAAUUGCAGGUUGCAAGUCUCAGUCGUCUUGAACAGGAAAAUCAAGAAGCUGGUGAACAGCUAGAAGAGGUUGUAAAACAAGGAGAAGCUCUUUUACAAAGAAUUCAGGCUGCUCUACAGGAUAUUGCUCAAAGUCAAUUAGAUAUGCAGGAUCCAGCAUCGACAUCUAUAGUAAAUAUUAAUCUUAACACUACUAUGACAUUUAAACAAGAAAAUGUCAAUUCCGUAAAUACAGUGUCCUCGAAUAAUUCACACCAAAUGUCUGAUCCUUCACCAAGUUCUAUGAACCAAUGAUAUAUUUCUAUAUUAAUCUACAUUGUCAAAUAAAUUAUACAGACAUGGAUGUUAUUAAGUAUGUACAUAUUGCAUUGAAGUAUUUAAUUUUCUGAAUAAAUCUUUAAAAACACCAUA